AUGCACGCUGACGCUUGCGCUGCGCAAAGUGGACAUGGAACCGUGGACGAAGGUGACGAGCGACUGUUUCGCUACUUGCUACGCACAGCUGAUGUUUGGGUCUCGAUAAAUGAACUACCCAGCGGACGCGCCGCGGCUUGUGAUGGCGAAAUCGGCGUAUAUGCGCUUGUUCGGCCCACGGCGGCCACCACGUCAUCCUCGAAUGAAGCUCUACAGCCUUUCUUGCUUGACCGAUACAUGCCCGCAUCAACCAAGCACCUGUACCGCAUACUUCCGGAUGGUACGGGUCCCAAGCAAGAAGACGGCACACGCGCUUUGGUCCGUGUGUGGUCACGCGGAAGUGGUGCAGACAUCAUCUAA